AACUUGGUAUAUCGAUAGUUGUCGCCUUAUUUUCCAAAUCCAUUCCCAAAUUGUUAUUAUUGAAAUAAUUUUAAAAAUGAUCGGUAGACUUUCUUUUUGGAACAAGGACAACGUUUCCAACGAGGUGGACUGCUUGGCCUGCCGUCUGGUCAGUGGCCUUGGACUCCUGGGAAUUGGUGCCUUCCUAUUGGCACAGUCGAAAAAAAGACAAGCGAAACCUCUGGAGAAUUUCACUAUGAAAGGCUUGGCUGCAGCCGUUGGAGUUCUGGGCGUGGCCCGCCUGGCAGACGCGAAUUUCCUGAAGGCAACCGCCGAGAAGCCAAAAGAACAGGAAAAUACUAGCACUGAUCAUCAGUUCUUUUCUAGACGUUAAUUCAAUGACGUUUUAAUUAUAAUCGUAGAGUCACUUAAUAUAUAAAGGUUAAUGUUUUCUUUUGUACGACCAUGUGGCAUUACAAUAAUAUAGCUGUAACCUUGUUUUUAGAAUUUUUUCUAUUUAAAAUCGUUGAAAACAAAACCUUGUUUGCUUUAAUGAAUUUAUGAUUUAUUUUAAAUAAAUUAAUUACAUAGGCAUACACAAUAUUGCAUCUUUUGAAAGAGGAUCAUAAAUAAACAUAUGUUUGUAUUAAUAAUAAUAUUAUAAAAUAUC